AUGGGGAAGCAUGAAAGUUCAAGUUCACCUGCUAAAUCACCGCAAGAGAAGAUAAUAAGUGAAAGGAGCUCCAUUUCUAAAAAUCUACAAGAGUAUCAACAAGAGCGGAUAGUGAACCAUAACAUAAAUACAGCCAUUGAUUCGGAAAGAGAUAGUUCUAGAAAGAAAGAGGGUACAGAUAUACGCAAUUGCAAUGAUAAUAAUGAACAUAACGGCAAUAAUAGCAAACCAAUAAUAUCGCAUACACCUAACAAUAAUAAUAAUAAGAAGAAGAAGCGUCGAAAUAAGACCAAGUCGAAAAAUAACUUUAAGACGAAAACAAAUAGUAACGAGAAUGGACUAGGAGAUAACGAACAGAAGUCAAAGAGUCAUACCGACCAAAAAUUGAAUGCGCUGAAUGUUCCUAAGAUAGACACCCAAGCAGCCGCCAUAAGGACACCUGUGUUGACGUAUGAUGGGAAUGACGACGAACAAACAGAUAACCGAGAUACAAAACAAAAACCACCCGUACUUGAUAUGAAUCUCAAAAUAAAUUCUCCUAUUAGCAAUGAUCAAUUGCAGGUAUCGAAUUUAAGUCCUCGAAAACAGAGUAUACUACGAUAUAAGAAAAGCGAUGAUAGGAUAAAUGAGAGGUCACUUAUAAACGAAGCUAAAGACAACUUGAAGACUAAGAAGAAAAUGUCCAAAACUCCAGAAUCUCAAUGUAGCAAAAUUGAAGAAUCGAUGGUUUCUCCGCAAACUGGCUUGGAUAUGGAUAAAAAAGUGACACUAUUUAAGUAUAAAUCUUCACGAAUAUUAGUAUUUGACGAGCAAUUGAAUGAUAACAAGACUGAUAUGGAAAAACUGUCGUCAGGUAGAUUAUUAGGACACGGUGAAUUUGAAAUUUUUCAAUUGCAUAAUGGUGAUGUAACAUACCUUUCCUGUGGACCAUCGUUUGUGUACCCAUUAUUGCCAAAGUUGAAGAUAUUAAGAAUCAAUUUCAACCAAUUUAUAUUGCCUUUGGUGAAUCCUGAAAGAUAUUGGAAAAUCUCUAUAAACUCGGAUGAUAAGAAUCUUAUCCAUCUGUUAGAAAGGACGCUUGAAAGAAAUGUCAAGUAUAGAAAUUUAUUUUUUGGGAUAAAUCAAUUGAGCUCUAUAGAUGUCUGUGAAGAUAUGGAAAUACCCAAGAAUGUUGCAAACGGUAAAGAAACUAAGCAACUCCCUGUUUCAGGGACCAUAUUGAAUUCCAGUUCUGGCUCCGAAAAGCAUGAAAUUCCAGUCACAGAAAAUCCAAUGAAUUAUCAAUUUCCUAUAAUUUUCAACGAAAUACCCGAGUCACCUCCAUCUGCACCAUUAUCACCCCAUAAUGAAAAUAUCACGAAUGUGAAUCUUGUAACACCAACAAAAAAUCCACAACUACUUCCCGGGUGGUCGCUAAGAAAGAAACAAUCGGACAAGUCGAUAAAUAGUGCAAUGGCAAGCUUAGAUGUAAAUAAAGAGUCCAUUCUAGAAGGUACUCAUGAUAGACUGACGAAUUCAAAAGGUAUUUUUGGCUCUGAUAAAAUGAACGCACCUUUGACGUUAAACCAAAACCCUGAAGUACAUCAACCGAAACCGAAGAGAUCUACACAUUUACCAAAUCACAAUUCUACCCAAUUUCAAAACAAGGCUCACAAAUCACAAGAUAAUAAAUCAGAUUCGUCUAUGGACUCGUUAUUAGAUGAAUAUGAAGACAAUAUUCAUACUACUAAAUCCAUAACGUUUAAUUCCAGACCCCCUUCAAGACCCAUAUCAGUAGCGUCAUCCUUUUCACGUCCACAGAUUAACUACACAAGAGGCUCAUAUUUCCAUGGGCCUAUCGAAAGAGAUGCAGAUGAUGCAGCAAAUUCUCAGUAUAAUGAAACCUUUGAGGACCAAAUAUUCCCCACUACUUCAUUAUCUGAAUAUAAUAAGACUAGAAAUGGUGGUAAUAAUAGUGGCUUUGUGAAAUCUCGUAGAUCUUCACGUAGUGAGCUAUAUACUUCUGAGAGUAAUUGGAUGGAACCGAGCACUACAGCAAUUGAAAGUGGACAGAACAGAACAAUGAAAUCGAGGAAUAGUAUACAUGAUCACGGUCGUCCUAUGAAUGCAGAUGUGAAGCAAAUUUACAGGUCAUUCACCCAGAGGAACCUCUCUCAGUACACUAGCGACUUGAAUAGCAAUGCAGAUUCAAAGUCUGUAAAGUCGCAAGCUAGAAAAGUUCAACCUACUUUCAACCCCGUAAAAAUUCGGUCUCCAGUUAUGGGAAGUCUACAUCGUAAGGGAAGUUAUGCCAACAGUGUAAUAAGUGGACGUACUGGUUAUGAUUCAAUUUCUAGAUAUAGCGGUGUUAACGAAUUGCCGAUUCCGCAUAGCAAAUCAACUCGUCGUGAUUUGGACCAGCAUAAACUGGGAAAUUAUAAGGUUAAAUUGAAUUCGUCAGAAGUAUAUAAGAUGAUUAGUGAGAGUCGAUCAAAUAAGAAUUUGAAUGGAAUCGUGACGGGAUCUCGAGAUAUCAAAUCGCAUGAGACGAAGGAAAAAGCUCAGGCAACUGGGGGAUUUGCAUCGAGGUUGUUUGGUUGGUAA